UUACCCUGUUAGGGAUUCGGCUCUCUCCCCCAAUCCAACCCUAGGGUUCUUACACAGCUCUAUCAAACCCUAGUUUCUUGAAUUUGAAUAAUAUUCUUCAUCACCAUGAUGCAACAGCCAGCGCAGAUGCCGUCCGAUCAGCAGGCUCAGCAGUACCAGCAGCAGCAGCAGCAACAGUGGAUGAUGAUGCCGCCGCAGCAGCAGCCGGUCCCACCCCCCGCUGGCUGGGCCCCGCCGACCGUGCCUCCGCCCCAGCUGUCCCAGGCCCAGGCCCAGCAGUACCCGACCCAGCAGAACCCCGGGUCCGACGAGAUCCGGUCCCUCUGGAUCGGGGACUUGCUACCCUGGAUGGAUGAGAACUAUCUCCUCACGUGCUUCUCUCACACUGGAGAGGUUAUAUCAGCUAAGGUUAUCCGCAACAAGCAGACAGGUAUAUCUGAUGGUUAUGGUUUCAUCGAGUUUGUAAGCCGUGCUGCAGCAGACAGGGUUUUGCAAACGUUCAACGGCACAGUGAUGCCAAGCACUGAGCAGAAUUUUCGGCUGAACUGGGCCACACUUGGUGCUGGCGAGAGACGCCAAGAUGACGGUCCUGAUUAUACAAUUUUUGUGGGAGAUUUGGCUGCUGAUGUUACUGAUUACUUGCUUCAAGAGACAUUUAAAACUGUAUAUACUUCAGUGAAGGGUGCAAAAGUUGUCACAGACAGGACCACUGGACGUUCUAAGGGAUACGGUUUUGUGAGGUUUGGGGAUGAAAGUGAACAGGUGCGUUCAAUGAACGAAAUGAACGGCCAGUAUUGUUCUACAAGGCCCAUGCGAAUUGGGCCAGCUGCUACCAAAAAACCUGUAGGUGUGCAGCAGCCAUAUCAGAAAGCUCCUUACCAGAAUACUCAAGGAAACCAAGGGGAGAAUGAUCCAAAUAAUACAACAAUAUUUGUUGGGGGUUUGGAUGCAAAUGUAACAGAUGACUUGUUGAGACAAGUGUUUGGCCAGUUCGGUGAGCUGAUCCAUGUGAAAAUACCAUUAGGCAAGCGUUGUGGUUUUGUUCAAUUUGCUAGCAGAGCCAGUGCAGAGCAAGCUCUAUCCUUAAUGAAUGGAACUCAGUUAGGAGGACAAAGUGUUAGACUUUCAUGGGGCCGUAGUCCUUCAAACAAACAGACUCAGCCAGAUCAGAGCCAGUGGAAUGGAUCUGGGGCAUAUUAUGGGUAUCCACAAGGAUAUGAUCCAUAUACAUAUGCACCUCCUACGCAAGACCCUAGCAUGUACUAUGGAGGCUAUCCCGGAUAUGGAAAUUACCAGCAGCCUGGUGCUUACCAACAGCCACAGCAGUGAUCUUUUAGCUGGUUCAAUCCUGAAGACUGAUGUCACUUUGUUCUCAGCGCAUUUAUGUUGCGAUUUUGCUCAUUGGCUGUAGAAUGACGGUGUGGAGAUCCGUAUGAGUUUGCUUUAGCUUUAGCUUUUAUCUUUUUCUUUUCUUUUUUUUUUUCUUUUCUUUUUUUUUUUUGUUUCUUUUUUCCUUCGAUUUUUCUUCCCCUUCUCUCUUUUUAUGACAUCGAGUAUGUUUAAGGCACUGCUAUUCUGGUGAUGUUGGUGGGCCUUUUUGAUCUAUUGAUGAUUGUCUUAUAUACAAUAUGGAUUUGCCAGAUACUUGCUGUUGUAUGGACCUAUUAUUUGUCUAAAUGGAGAUGGCUCUUAUUUUAUUUUCA